CAGGUAGACUUACCUGGGAGGGUCACAGAGGGAGAGAGAGAAAGAGCUUUUAAAAGCAGAGCUGCUGAGAGACACAUUCACAAACAACACUGAAUUCAAACGCGGAUAUUUGCUGGGAGUUCAACACUUCUCCUGUUGUUACAACCCCAUAUAGUCGCUCAACAAUGGAGACACAAACACAACAACAAAGCACGAACAACAAUGCCCAGUUGAUUUCUGUUCCUCACAAGGACACGGUCCGUCUGUUGGAGGUGUACGUGAAGCGCAGCCUCAGCCUGAACGACAGGACCCUCGGGGAUGUGAAGGGUGCGAGGAAAGAAAAGUGGGUGACACUGCCAAAAAAGCUAAGACGACAUUCUAGUGACCCUUCCUUUGAUUUGCUGGGAUUAAACAUUGUGGAGUCAGGUGGGUUUUCUGGAGUUGAUACUCCCUUAGAUCAGCCGGAGACAUCACACAAAGAACUAGAGAAACCCAACAAAAAGAUCAAAAAGCGGUCCUUCUGGAAAAAUGUAAUUAGUUUAAUUUCUUGGAAGAGUAUGGAAGAGGAAGAGGAGGACAGCCCGUCAGAGAUCCCUGAGGCCUCCAAAGAUGGAGAGACCUCUGAUGUCACGACACAGUGCCUGCCUACGACCCCAGUCACUGUCCAGAAAAGAAAAGCUAUGAAGAGAAAAUCUCUAAGAAGAAGGUUCUCCAAGAGAACGCUAACGAAACACAACAAAUCUGCGAAAGAUGUGAACCCUGCCGAAAUCACCCGAGUUCAAGAUGCCAUCAGUGUGAAACCGACGGACGCAUACUAUGAGAAGUUUUCAGAGGAACUGGAGAAAAUAGUCCACGAGGUGCAAGAGAAAGAGGAAGUUAAGCAGCUCUCUAAUGAGGAAUUAAUCAACAGGAUCAUUGCUCUCACAAAGCAGCAGGGUGACCGAAUCGACGAUAAGAUGAAGGAUAACCCAACACUCAGCAGCUUCUUCCAGGGGAUGUCGUAUUCCCUCUUCCAGCAGUUAGUUGACGCUUAUGUGAAGAAAGAGGCAACGCCUACCCACAAUCCUCCCACUGUGUUACCCACGGCACCUGAGCUGGUCAAGCUGGCCUUCACGCUGGACUUCACUGCCAGGAUAGCUAAACUCUCCAGACAGAACGUGUGUCACAUUACAGGCCUGGGGAGCCGCUAUCUGCAGGACCGAUUUGAAUACCAACAGGUUUGCACAGAUCAUCCAUGGUCUGACAGCGAUGACUGAACUGCAGCCCUGCAGAAAACUAAAAGCAAUAUUGAAAUAAGGAGAGACUCACUCUUCUUUAACAUUACUGAGUACCACAGAUGUGGUUAAGGAUGUGUUGCAAGCAUGGCUUCCCCAUUUCUAAGAGAGGAAAGUGGGCUACAUGACAUACGUUUUAACAAAACUGUGUACAAAAAAAAAUGUGAUUUUCACUUCUCCACGAGAGAGCUCUUGAGUGACUCUGCAGCCACACGAUGUUUGCUGAAGAUCCAGUUGGCUUUGUGCUCGUUUAAGAGUUGACUGCAUUCACAUGGACGAUCAGCUUUAAAUGAAGGCACAAGCUUAAAAACAUGAGGCAAUAUUUCAGAAUCAAAGGUAGCUGAUUCUGCAAGGGACACUAUAAAUAAGAGGCUGGUUUUUUUUUACAAACACACUUGAUUUCCAACAUUUCUGUGCAUUGAUUUGUAAAGAAACAACAACAAAGGUGCAAAGCAACAGACUCUGAUCUAUAUAAUAACUUCUGUGCAAUAGUUUUGUAUGUUUAUAAGAAUUAAAGAAAGCUUAUUUAAUGUAAACUUAACUUACUGUGACAUGAUUACUAUGUUUGUUAAUUUGAAUGCUGGCAUUCAUAAAAUAAACUGUAAUAAAAUAUAUUUAAUUUAAAGCUGAAA